AUGUACGGUGACUCAUACUGGCAUGUCUUUCUUUGGCUGGGCCAGGCACCAAUCGACUUCUUCUUUUAUGGGAAAGUUGGGGAUGUGGUGUACGGCCUGAAGGUCCAGGAGCCUGGAUACAAACCGUAUCAUAUCAAAGUGCUCUUCCUGCGGAGCGAUUGCUUUGGAUCGCCCACCCACCGGAAACGAUGCUACAUUUUGGGUGCCAGAGUGGAUGUGGCUUCGCAGGAGUCCUUUGAGGCCACUUGA